AUGAGCAGCCUCUCGGACCAAAGAAAAGAGCCAGAUCUUGCAGGGAUGGGAAUGCGAAUCUUUGUUUCCCCUGCACAAACGGCCUUUUACAUUAUCCUGGUGAUAAUGGGAAUUCUGGGCAAUACCACUGUGAUUCUGGUCAUUGGUAAGAGCAUAAUCUUGGAGCAUAACUGGGGACGUAACUCGGACAUCAUCAUCGUUAACAUGGCAAUGUCUAACUUGCUGGUGUCACUACUAAGGAACACACUCCUCAUCACCUCAGAGAUUGGACUGCAGAUAUAUACAGCCAAAGGGUUUUGUCAGUUGCUAAUGGGAAUGUCGGUGUGGCUGCGGUCAGUCAAUGCGUGGUCAACACUUUUCCUCAGUGCGUUCCACCUCCAGACGUUGAAGCGUGUGGCUCCUGGUGCUGCGAAUGGGCCCCGGGGUGUUCCUAAGACCCUCCUGAUGUGCCUGGGCCUCAUCUGGAUUGGUAACCUUAUUUACUCCAUUCCAGCUCAUAUAUUUUCCUCUAAUGGGAACAAGAACACUACAGAGACAUUGAUGCUGGUGAGCAGCACAACACGCCCUCUGCUGGGUUGUGUGUGGAACUUUCCGUCCACCAGCGGCCUGGCCUACGCCACCACAUCUUUGGUGAUACAUGAAAUGAUUCCUAUAAUCUUGAUGGCCGUUACAAACCUAACCUCGCUUUACACCCUCUACACCCAUGGUCGGAAUCCACGGAAAGACGCACCGGUAUUAAAGCGGGUGCCAGCCGAGAAACGAGCAGCCAAGGUGAUUCUCACCCUCAUAAUACUCUUCAUCCUCUCAUGGGGGACCAGCGUUAUCUCUGUCAACUACUUCAACUACAACCGUGGCUCCUCGGCCGAUUAUCUGCUGGUCAUUGCUCGUUUUGCCAACAUCAUCUUCAUUGCCUUGUCACCUGUCGUUCUGGCGGUCGGCCACCGGCAGCUUCGUUCUUGUAUCAGGUCCACACUCGUGCACUGAUGGUACUCUGCAAAAGCUCUGGAAUUGCACCUAAUAUAUCAUCACUAAUCAUGAUCUAUUGUUAUUUUUAUUUUUAUUUUUUUUGUAUUCAUUAUAGACAAAAGGGUUCAAAGGAAAGAAAAAAAGUACCAUGGCAGUGGCUGAAGCAUUUUGUUUUUGGUUCAGUAUAACAUCAUUAAUUACCAUUAUGGCUUCUGGUGAUGUUUUUUGUCUCCCUAAUUUUAAAUGAGUGGGAA